AUGCGCUUCUCUUUUCUUGUUCUUCUGUCGGUCCCCCAGCACGGGGGCUUCAUCGUGGUGGCGGCCUGCGUGAUGACUUUCGAGGCGCGGGACAGCGCGGCCAAGGUGGUUCCGGCGCGGCUCAAGGUGACGGGGUCCGCGCGUGCUGGCGGGCAGUCGCCGCAGCCGGGCGCGCACGCGCACCAGGCGGCGCUGGCCGCCGGCAAGCAGGGCAGCUACCGGUCGGACGCGGGCAGCGCGCGCCGCAGCGCCAGCUGCCAGACUCGCUGGGACAACCGGCCGUCGCCCAGCUGCACCGACGUGCUGAGCCGGCGCGCGCUCACCGCCGCCUUCGUGCAGUUCUCCCGCGCGCUCCACCAGCGACAGAUCUCCGUAGAGUCUUCCUCCUCCUCUCACAGCAGGCACGGGCGCGGCGGGGGCUCCCCCGGCGCGCCGCCGCUGCCCAAGAGCCCCUCGGCGCCGAACCUGCAGCUGGACACGUCUCCGCUGCUGCUGCUGCGCAACGCGGUGGCGGCGGGCGCGGGCCGCCAGCCGGCGCUGGCCAAGCCGGCGCGCCUCACGCAGUCGGCGCGCGCGCACCGCCUGCACCCCGCCAGCGCGCUGCUCAGCCCCUACCUGCUGCAGCGCCAGGCGCUCUCCAUGGACAACCCGCACUGCUACUCGCCGCCGCCCUCCAUGCUGCCCGGCCGCGACAACGCCGGCAGCCGCGACAGCCUCGAGCUGGGCGCCAGCGCCGGCGUCGGCGGCUCGCAGGCGUCGAUGGCGAUGGACCUGCACCUGGACUGCCCGGUGACGCUGCGCGUGCGCGACCGCUCGGAGACGGCGCGCCGCCACCUGUUCGUGCGCCAGCGGCCCGUCGAGGCGGACGACGGCCGCGAGUCCCGCUCGUGCAGCCCGCGGGCCUCCACGCUGCACCUGCCCUCGCACCGCCGGCAGUCCGCCACCUUCUCCAGGGGCUCCAGCGGUAACUAA